AUGGGUUCUGCAAGUUCCAAGAUACAGGAUAAGCCUGUAAUAUAUCUUGAAAAUGAUAAUUGUGAAUUUUUUUUCAAUUCUAUCAUUAUCACAGAUCUCGAUGACCAGUUUCCCAUUUGUAUAAAGCCAAAUACAUGUCCAGCGACAUCUUUCAAUGUUUCUUGUGAGAGUAAUAGGCUUAUUGAGUUUGUUUUUGAUCCUGAGGCAUCAAGUUAUGAGUUGUCACCGUUUCUUUUGAAAUUAUAUUUGAAUCAAGAAAUAAACGUUGUAUUUAAUAUUACUUUUAAAUUGCAUACUUUUGAAAAAAAAUCAUCUUUUAUAGGACUUGCAUUUAUUUACGGAACUAAUGCAUCUGAAUUAGAUAAUAUUUUAGCAUCAGAAUCAGAAAACCUAAUGAAUUUUCAUGAUUGUAAAAAUGUUUUGUUUAUGACUGAUCUUUUAUCUGAUGAUUUAUUGGAAAAAAAAUUUGAAUGGUCUUGGAAAUGGACUCCUCCUUCAGCUAAAGAUCAACAUAGAGACGGGUGGAGGAAUACAUGCUAUUUUGUUAAAUGUGAAAAAGAUAAUAAUUUUUCUGUAUUGACGAAAUUUAGUUUUUGGGUUGAAGGUUGUGAAAAGCGUUUUCAAAAUAAUACUAAUUUUUAUUUUAAUCAAAAAAGUCCAUCAUUAUCAUCUCAUAUAGAAACUUCCGUUCAAAAUAAUACUAAUGAUCAAAAAGAAUCACUUUCUUCAGGAAAAGGAAAUAUUUCAUUUAAUUCUUUAUUGGAUAAUAUGAAUUCAGUUGUUAAUUUCAAUCAUUUUGAUGAUGCGUUUAAAAAUGAGCCAAAUGAUGGUCCAUUGUUUCGUGCAAUAAUAACAGCCUUAGAGAAAAAGACAUCCGUAUUUGGAUAUCGGAUUAAAAAAGUAAUUAAGAGGGCUAUUGAACUUUAUGACUCUCAGAUAGCUAAAAAUGAAGCGAAUCGGAGGUUUAUGAGUGCAUUAAGAAAAGCUGCAGAGUCAAAUCCUACUGCAUUGAAACCUGUAUUAAUAUUGUAUUUGGAGACUGCUAAUCAGCAGCUACAGAGCUUUGAAUAUAAUAAUGCAAUUCAAUUACAAAGUUUGAUCAUAAAACCAUUAAGACGUAUUUAUGAAACUGAUAUAAAGGUUGCUGAAGGAAAAAAGAAAAGUUUUGAAGAUGAUUCUCAUGAUUAUUAUCAAUUCGUUUCACGCUAUUUAAGUAGAAAAAAAUGUUCUUCUAAAGAUAAAAAAAAUCAUGAAGCAGAUAUAAAAUACUCUGUAAAAAGAAGAAAUUUUGAACUUAAGCGUUUUGACUAUUAUUCUUAUAUGCAAGAUGUUAGCGGAGGGAAAAAGGAGCAAGAGAUUUUGCAUCUUUUUACUUUAUAUGUAGAAAAUCAUUUUGCUACACUAUAUAAAGCUAUUAAAGUAAUACUUGAUCUUAAACCGGGACUUGAUAAUUUAACACAAGGUGUUCAAGAGGCAAACAAAAAUAUUAUGCAUCUUUGUACAGAAAGAGAGGAACGAAGACAGGCAUUAGAAAAGUCUAAAAUAUUUGUACAAGAAUCGAAUUAUUUAUUUUCUUCAGUAGCACAGAAAGAGAAUUCAAAAGAUUUAAAAACACAGAAAAGUUGUUUGGCUUUAUAUGAUUAUAAAUCACAAAAUGAUGAUUUUUAUUCUAAUCUAAAUAAACUACCUUCAAUGGAAAAUAUUCAAAUAUCUAAUUUAUCAAAUCCAGAUAAUGGAGAUAUUUCCGAGGGAAUAAAAGAUUCUACUAAAAAUAAUAUAGAUAAUACUUUUCAAAGGCGGAAAGAAGGAUUACUUUGGGCUCUUUCUAGACCAGGAAGUCAUAUAGAUCUUAAAGUAACACAAAAAUUAAAUUGGCAUAAAUAUUGGAUUGUUUUAGCCGGUGGGAAGUUGUGUGAGUAUCAGAAUUGGAAACAAGCUAUAGAUCUUCAUAAUAAUCCAAUUGAUUUAAGAAUGGCAAGUGUAAGGAAAGUUUGUGCUUUCGACAGGAGAUUUUGUUUUGAGGUUAUAACUCCUAAAAUUAGACGAGUUUAUCAAGCAACGUCAGAAGAAGAUGUAUUCUCAUGGAUCAAUAGUAUUUCUAGAGCAAUUGAAAGUUUGUUAGAAGGAACAAGUUCUGCUUCUAAUCUUUGCUUGAUCAAAGAAGAUAUCCAGCGUUCUGAUUCUAAAUUACUUGAGAAAGAACCUGAUAAAAAUGUUUCUGAUUUGAAUAAUGAAGAUUAUAAAAACAUUGAAGGAAAUGCAUAUAAACUUUUAAAUAUAAUACAUGAUGCCGAUCCUACACAUAAUGUUGUAUGUGCUGAUUGUGGUACUUUUUCUAAGGCAGAAUGGUGUUCUAUAAAUAUUCCUGCAAUUUUGUGUAUUGAAUGUUCUGGAGUCCAUCGAUCAUUUGGAAGUCAUAUUUCAAAAGUUCGAUCAUUAAUGCUUGAUACUGCAUCAUUUACUGAUAGUUUGAUUGACUUCAUAUGUCAAACUGGAAAUAAAAUGACUAAUUCUAUAUACGAAGCUACAUAUGAUUCUCAAAAAAAUAUUAAGAAUAUAACUAAACCAUUACCUAAUUCUUCUAGAGAAGAGAAACAGAAAUAUAUUUAUGCAAAAUACAUUGAUAAAGUUUUUAUUAUAUAUGAUCCUAAUCCUACAAAAAGUUUGUUUCUUGGCAUAUCGAAUAAGCAUAUCAAGUCAGUAAUGCAAGCAUUAGCAUCAGGUGCUGAUCCAAAUGCUGUUGAUCCUGAAACUCAAGAUUCGGCAUUGCUUCUUUCAUUAUUUUCAUCUUUGCAAAAUUCUAGACCUAAUUUGAAUAAUUAUGAUUGUUCACAGAAAAUAAUGUUUCCUAUAGCAGAGUAUCUUCUUCAAAAUGGUGCUAAACUUCCUGAAUCUCCUCUUUCUAUAUCACAAGAAGAGAAAUUGUCUUUUUGUGCUAAACUGUAUUUGCAAAAUAAGUAUGCGAAAAGUUAUUCAAAUGAUGAAAAUAAUAUAGAAGAUUCAAGUAAUGUAGGAUCAAGUAAUACGUUAUUAUCUGUGACUAAGAAUUCGUCGAACAAUUUAUCCUUUUUCUUUUAUGAGCGUAAAAAUUCAGGAAAACUUCAUAAAAAAUUAAAUUCUAGUGGGAAAUUAUCAAAACUACUUUAA